GUAGAAAGGUGACCCCACCAGUCCCACCCAAAAAAAUUACUGCAGCAAGAAGAAAACUCUGGACAAGGAAGAAAGGCGACAGAAAGCUAGAGAGAGGCAGCAGAAAUUGCUUGCAGAGUUUGCUUCACGACAGAAAAGCUUUAUGGAAACUGCAAUGGAUGUUGUUUAAAACAGAGUGGAAAAUUCUCUGGAAAUCCCUGGCCUCCUUAUAAGAAAAGGACAUCACUCCAUCCUAGCUAUAAAGGUCUCAUGAGACUUUUGCACUGUAAAACUUUACAUAUUGUGCUAUUCACUCUGCUUUACAAGAUUUUGAUGGAUCACCAAAAUCUGUCAGAACAUGUACUCUGUAUGGUUUUAUAUCUGAUUGAAUUAGGACUUGAAAACUCUGCUGAAGAUGAAUCAGAUGAAGAGGUGUCAGUGGGUGGACCAGAACGAUGUCAUGACAGUUGGUUCCCUGGCAGUAACUUAGUAUCAAACAUGAGACACUUUAUAAACUAUGUGAGAGUGAGAGUUCCAGAGACUGCUCCUGAAGUGAAGAGAGACUCACCUGCAAGUACUAGCUCUGAUAGCUUGGGUUCUUUACAAAGUUCACGACGGCCUAGAGUUCUCCAAAGAGAGAAUUCUGGUACAGCUCAAGUUUUCAGCUUAGUAGCAGAGCGUAGAAAGAAAUUUCAGGAGAUCAUCAAUCGCAGUAGCAGUGAAGCAAAUCAGGUGGUUCGUCCCAAAACUUCAAAUAAGUGGUCUGCUCCUGGUUCAGCUCCCCACUUAACAACAGCCAUUUUGGAAAUUAAAGAAAGCAUAUUGUCUUUGCUAAUUAAACUUCACCACAAACUCUCAGGAAAACAAAACUCCUACUAUCCUCCUUGGCUUGAUGACAUAGAAAUUUUAAUCCAACCAGAAAUUCCUAAAUACAGUCAUGGAGAUGGUAUAACUGCUGUAGAAAGAAUUUUACUAAAAGCUGCAUUGCAAAGCAGAAUGAACAAACGCAUCAUUGAAGAGAUAUGUAGAAAGGUGACCCCACCAGUACCACCCAAAAAAAUUACUGCAGCAGAGAAGAAAACUCUGGACAAGGAAGAAAGGUAAUUUUUAUUAAUAAUAUUUUAAACAUGUAUGGUAUAGUUGAAGAUUUGAUUUGAUUUUCUCCUUUUUUGUCAUCCAGGGUUAAUCAGUUAGUUGGAUGUUUUAGCAGCACAUAAUAGCUGAUUAGUUUGCAAGAUAAAUGGAAUUGAACAUGGUCUGCUUAUAUGUAUAAUAUUCGGAGUUCCUUUAAAUUUAUAGGCUUCAUCAGAAAAUUUUCUAGUAUUGUUAUUGCUGUAGGGAUCUUAUAAUUCUCUUGCUAUUUAAAAAAACGUAUCAAUUCAACUUUAUCUGAAAAUAGAAAAAACAGAAGCAUUUUAAAUAUUUCUUAAAAUAAGUACUCCUUUGAUACUUUAUAAUCCUUAUCAGUAUAUAAUUGCUAACUAUUAAAAUGUGGGGAGAUGGUGUAGGAAGGCUGAAUAUAGUGCAAAUACUGUGUAUACAUUGUAUGUAAAUGGAAAAAUGAGACCUGUUGAAACUAUUCCAGGAAUAGGGGAGAGAGAAU